CUAGCUGGAAGGAAAAUCAAGAACCCCAAAUCUUUAUCUCUCUUCUUCUCCAAUGGCGUUCGUGGCUCUCAUGGUGAUCACCUCACCUCUCCUUGUGUUGCUCCUGAGGGCCGUGUGGAUCACCCUGUCCUGCUACUUCCUGACGCCAAUGAGAAUCCGUCGGAUCAUGGCCAGGCAGGGCGUGCACGGGCCCCCGCCGCGCCCGCUCAUCGGCAACCUCCGCGACGUGUCGGUCCUCGUGGCGCAGGCCACCGCCGACGACAUGUCGUCCCUGAGUCACGACAUCGUCGGCCGCCUCAUGCCGCACUACGUGCUCUGGUCCAAGACAUACGGGAAGCUGUUCGUGUACUCGUACGGGAGCGAGCCGCGGCUGUGCCUGACGGACGCGGCGCUGAUCAAGGAGUUCCUGUCGUCCAAGUAUGCCGCGCACGCCACCGGCAAGUCGUGGCUGCAGCGACAGGGGACCAGGCACUUCAUAGGCCGCGGCUUGCUCAUGGCCAACGGCGCCAGCUGGUCACACCAGCGACACAUCGUCGCGCCGGCGUUCAUGGCCGACAAGCUCAAGGGGCGCGUGGGGCACAUGGUUGAGUGCACGAAGCUGACGAUCCGGGCGCUGCGGGAGGCGGCGGCGGCGGCGGAACGCUGCGGCGGGCAGCGCGAGGUGGAGAUCGGCGCGUACAUGACCAGGCUCGCCGGCGACAUCAUCUCGCGCACCGAGUUCGAUACGAGCUACGAGACCGGCAAGCGCAUCUUCCACCUCCUCGAGGAUCUGCAGCACCUCACCGCGCGCUCCAGCCGCUACCUCUGGAUCCCGGGCAGCCAAUACUUCCCGAGCAAGUACAGUAGGGAGAUCAAGCGGCUGAACGGCGAGCUGGAGGGAGUGCUGAUGGAGUCCAUCCGGCGGAGCCGGGAGAUUGCCGACGAGGGCCGGACGACGUCGGCCUACGGCCGGGGGCUCCUGGCCAUGCUGCUGGCCGAGAUGGAGAAGAAGAAGGACGAGACGGCGCCGGGCCAGCAGUUCAGCUACGACGCGCAGCUGGUGAUCGACGAGUGCAAGACGUUCUUCUUCGCGGGGCACGAUACGUCAGCGCUGCUGCUCACCUGGACGCUCAUGCUGCUCGCCACGCACCCGGAGUGGCAGGGCAGAGCGCGCGCCGAGGUAGCCCGGGUCUGCGGCGAUGACCCGCCCUCCGUCGACCACCUCUCCAAGCUCAACGUGCUGCAGAUGAUCAUCCACGAGACGCUGCGGCUGUACCCGCCGGCGACGCUGCUGCCGCGGGUGGUGUUCGAGGACAUCCAGCUCAGCGGCGGGCUCCGCCUGCCGCGUGGCCUGUCGGUGUGGAUCCCGGUGCUGGCCAUCCACCACGACGAGUCCAUCUGGGGCCCCGACGCGCACGAGUUUCGCCCGGAGCGGUUCGCGGCCGGCGGGCGGCGCUCGGCGUUCCUGCCGUUCGCGUCGGGCCCGCGCAACUGCGUCGGCCAGGCGUACGCGCUCGUCGAGGCCAAGGUCGUGCUCGCCAUGCUGCUCGCGCACUUCCGCUUCACCAUCUCCGACGACUACCGCCACGCGCCGGUCAACGUCCUCACCCUCCGCCCCAAGCACGGCGUGCCCGUCCACCUCCGCCCGCUGCGGCCAUGAAUCAGGCCUUGUCAAUUCCAUUUUUGGUCGUGUGGCGCGCCCCUCCCUCUCGGCUACCUUUGGCGUGCUGCAGCUGUAGAGAAAAGUUGAGGUUUUGUGCUCUCCGAUUGGCCCCUCCGGAUUGCUGACAUGUGGGGCCGGUCUGUCAGUGGGUCAAGCUGCUAUCAGCUAAUGCUGUGUGCUAUUAUAGUAUUAUUUAUGUUUGAGUAGA